AUCUGGUUAAGAGAAAAAUUCCAAAUAUUCAAGAAAAGCAAAAAGAAGUUUGGGAUUACAUGGCUACUGUCCCCCAGUUUGAAAGACAGGAUUCAGUUUUCAAGCAAACUGGUGCACAGCCAAGACAUGUGGAUACAUCCUUUGGGAACUGGAAACAAAGUCAAAUGGAGUCAAUGAAGGAAGAUUUCUUGUUGAUAAAAGAAGACCUGAAAAACCUCCUUAAGGGUAAAUUAGCAGAUGGUACCUUUUUCAAUGAAGAUGAAGAGUCUAAUUUGGAGUUGAAAAUGGACAAGUUUCAAGCCCAUGUUAAAGAAUUGAAUACUAUUUAUACAUCAAUAUUACGGUCAAUACAAUUGAAACUUUUCCAAAAUGAACUCACUAAAAAGGAAAUUCUUCAACAAAAAGAUGCACACCAGAAGGAUACACAUGUGUCCCAUGACAUUCCAACAAGUUCUAAAGGGAAGAUGAAUGGACCAACAUUCAACAAAAUAUCAAGAGAUGAAAUUGAAGUGAUUGAGGGACAUAUUCCAAGAUUGCUGACCAAUGACUUGAAUAAACUAUUAGACAAGAUUCCAUUUGAACUGACUGAUAAAGUCAAUACCUCUGAUCAUGAGACUUUUAUAGCCAUCAGACUACAUAGCAUGAUCUUCCAAACCAUAAACUAUCUUUACAAGUAUAAUCUCAUACCCAAAGAGGAUAUAAAUAACUUGUUUGGAUCCAAACAAAAAUUGGAUCUUGCUGCAACCAACAUGGUCUUGAUUUUCAAAAUCAAUGCAGAAUUUGGAAUAAGACGUCCAAUCUCAUUUGAUGGAGCAUACAUUUUGAGAAGCCAUCAUUCAGCACAUUUUAGAAAUAUGUUCAAAGUUCUUGGUGAUAAUCAAAAUAGAUAUAUCCAAUAG